GCACAGCUGCCAGCAAACUCACAUGCACCAUGAGUCAUUCCAGAUGUGGAUAAAAACAAAGUCUGUCUGUGAAAGUAAGUUUCCUGAUCCCGAGGAGACUUGGUUUGGGAGAGGAGCUGCACACUGACUUCAGCUGUACUCAGAAGAACAGACAGGUUCUCCUUCAAAGGGGGAGGGGGAAGGGAAAAGCCAUUUAUUUAUUCCUGAAAAGAAACGAGGUAGGAAAUUGAAAAGCUAAUAUUCAGCUAGACAUUUUAAAGAGAAGGAUGCCUUGGAAGACUUUGCUGCUGCUGCUGUUCUAUUACAGUGCUCAUGCCACUGUGACCCACAGAUGGAGCAGAGCUGUGCUUUUCCCAUCUGCUCAGCGAUUCAAGAGGUCCUCAGCUGCCUUCCUUAACCCAGUGCUACAAAACUCGCUGGAAGAUGUUGUCCUGCUUUAUGAGUUUCUUUUAGCUGAGCUUGACAUUGACAAAAGUCAGAGGAUCUCCAUCAAAGAUGAGGAGCUCGCUUCACUGAGAAAGGCUGCUGAGUUUGACACCAUCUGCAAUGAGAUUAUCCCCAAGAGCAUCACAGAGAUCCGCAGGCUGACUAGCAGGCUGUCUUCCUACCCAAGGGUCCUCAAGAAAGAAGACUUUGAAAGGACAGUGCUGACCAUGGUCUAUACGGCCUACAGGGCCGCUCAGUCCCGGGGGCACCAGAAAGACACUUGGGCUGAAUCCUUUGUCAAUCUUUACAAAGCCCUGAAGCACGACUUGAUGUUCCCAUACAACAAAGAGCCAUCAUAGUGGGAGACUUGAUGCAACGGCAGCUCAGCCACCUCUUCUGGUUGAUAAGGGACACAUGUAGCACGUCCACCACUUUAUUCUGUAAAGAGUUUAAUAGCCUGCUUCAUGAAAGAUUAUUUGUUUUCUAGCUCCCUCUUGUGGAAUCCACUUUAUAGUUCCAUGUUAAAUGGGGAAAAAUGUUAUCGUCAGUCCUGGGAAUUUGAUUUUUGUGCUGGCUUGGAGGCACACUUUGUGACAGGCAAAGAAGGGAGUCUGCUGUACACCCCAGACAGACAUGCCCUUGUUUAUCCUGUGGGUUUCCUAUAAGCAAUACAUAAGUAUACUAUGCUUAUGCUCACAUACCUAUGUGUAUGUGCUGGAGAAUGCUGCUUUCCUGGCUAGGGAAACAUGUUCAUAUUUUGGCUGGCCAGUAAAAGAAUAUUAUAAAGAGAUGCAAAGGCCCUCUGUAAAAGAAAGAAGUUUCAUAACUGUCAGCCUUCAGAAAUUAUGCCACAUAUUAUUCAUUCCAAAUAUUCCUGUAAAUAAGCACUGUCUGAUGCACUUCAUUUGGCUGAGCCAGUUUUUAAUCACAAUAACAUUUGCAGAAGACAAAGGGCAUUGUGAACACCAGCUGCAAACAAUGCCUGUGAACAUAUUCCCUGCUUCCUAGAGCUGCCUUCCCAAAUAGUCUGCAAUGAAUCUUUCAUUAUUUACACAUGACUUUGCUUCUGCUCCUUGUUUUUUGAAGGGAACAUGGAUUUGUCCUCAGCAGAGUCAAAGGCAAGACAAAGGCCCUGUUUAAUUUAACGAUGACACAUUUUUCCUGGUUCUAUCACUUGAACGUAGGUCAUCUAAACCCAUGCUUCAGAACCCCCCUGAGGCAAGGGAGGAAGGUGCAUUAAAACAUACCUGGUGCUGAAUUUAGCAGUGUGGCUCAUUUUUGAUGGUAAAUUAUAUAUUAAUUUGUGUGUAUGUGUGUGUAUGUUCAUGCAUGUGUGUGCAUGUAAGUGCUGAGUACAUGGAAGAAUCCUAAAUUGUUCAGUCAGGGAACAACUGCAUCCGACCACUUAGCAGAAAAGGCCAUUCACCAACCCAGUGGUGGGAAUUAUGAAUUUGGAAGCAGUGGAAAAGCAGUACUUGUUUACAGCAAAAAUUGUUUUUAGAAAUAGUGCAACUGAUUAUUAUAAACUGCAAAAUAAUCAUGGACAGAAAAUGGACAGAAAAAGGAGAUAUAUCUUGUCAGAUAGAUGACUAGCAAUGAAAAAUACAAACUCUUCUAAAGCAAAUCCCCUAAUUUUUGUGAACAAGUUAUACGAACUCUGUUUCUCUAUUGAUAUUAGAGAUGUUUCUACUUUCAGAGCCCAGGAAAACAGCUGAACAUUUAUUUCAUCCUUUCAUACCAGCAUUCUCUAUCUCUCUGUUUGCAUAAUGUCUUAAGGAGACAGGCCCAAAUCACAAAUCCCUGAGGCUGUAAAAGAGAAUUG